CCCAUGAUUCCGCGGGGGGUCGCCGCAGCUGCAUGCACACUGUUGCACGGCAGCUCGGUCAGAGCGCUGGGUUAAAGCGCGUGCAGCUAGGCGGAUAAGCGCGGGGAUCAGGCAUGGCCGAGUCAGUGGGCGCGAUGUGCGAGCAGCUCGUCAAGGCUGUGACCGUCAUGAUGGACGCGGAAUCCAAUCAGCGGUACCGCCUGGAGGCUCUGAAGUUUUGCGAGGAAUUCAAGGAAAAAUGUCCUUAUUGCAUACCAUGUGGCCUUCAGCUAGCAGACAAAUCGCAGCCGGCGGUGGUGAGACAUUUUGGUCUACAAAUUCUGGAGCACGUUAUCAAGUUUCAGUGGAACAACAUGGAACAGCACGAGAAAGUUCAUUUGAAAGACUGCGCCAUGGAGAUGCUGACUAACGGAACGUUUCCCAUCUUGGAGGAGGAGAGUCACAUUAAAGACGCUCUGUCGAGGAUUGUUGUGGAGAUGAUCAAGAGAGAGUGGCCUCAGCAGUGGCCAGAUAUGCUGAAAGAGAUGGAAACGCUCACUACCUUCGGGGACACUCAGACUGAGCUGGUGAUGCUGAUCCUGCUGCGGCUGGCCGAGGACGUGAUCACGUUCCAGACUCUUCCUCAGCAGAGGCGCAGAGACAUCCAGCACACGCUGACGCAGAACAUGGACGGCAUCUUCAGUUUCCUUCUGAACAUCCUGCAGCAGCACGUCGACGAGUACAGGAAACUGAAAAUAAAUCCAGGACAGGAGUUAAAGGCCAAAGCUCACUGUCGAGUCAGCGUGACCACCCUGAACACUCUGGCCGGCUACAUCGACUGGGUCGCCCUGGUUCACAUCACAAACAACAGCUGUCAUUUACUGGAGAUCCUCUGCCUUCUUCUGAGUGAACCAGAGCUUCGGCUGGAGGCUGCUGAGUGUUUGCUCAUUGCAGUCAGCAGGAAAGGGAAACUGGAAGACAGGAAGCCCUUCAUGGUGCUCUUUAAAGACGUGGCCAUGCACUACAUUCUUUCGGCCGCCCAGUCAGCGGAAGUGGGGCUCAGCGAGACGAGAUACACUUUCCUGAAGAGGUUAUGUCAAGUGCUCUGUGCUCUUGGCAGUCAGCUCUGUGCCUUGGUGGGCUCGCCUGCAGAAGUAGAGGUUCCAGCCAACCUGAGUAAAUACUUGGAAGCAUUCCUGGCCUUCACUACUCACCCCAGUCAGUUCCUCAGAUCUUGCACUCAGACCACCUGGGGAAACAUGUUCAGACAUGAGGUUUUAUCGAAGGAGCCCGUUAUUACACAGAUGACGGUUAAAUAUUUAAAUGCGACCAUGACCAACCUCGUGAAGACGGGAUUCCCGUCGAAGAACGACAGCCCGACUUGCGAUUACGCCCGCGUGGACUUCGACAGCGACGAGGACUUCAACGCUUUCUUUCACUCUUUCCGGGCCCAGCAGGGUGACGUUAUUCGUCAUUCCUGUAAGAUCGCGCCCCUUGAAGCCUUCCAGAUUGCUGCCGAAUGGUUAAAGUAUCAGAUCAACUCGCCCUCUAACAGCGGAAACGCUCUGUCUAAACCAGGUGAAGGGACGUGCUCGACGUUUUCGCCCACCGCUGUGCAGUGGGAGGCCAUGACCUUUUUCACAGAGAGUGUGAUGGGCCAACUUUUCAAAGUCCUGGAGAAAGAGAAGUUGCCUGUCGAUCAAGGCAUGGAGCUGCUACAAGCCGUAGUGAGCUACGAGACGCGAGAUCCUGUCGUUUUGUCCUGCGUACUCACCAACCUGUCCACCUUCUUCCCCUUUGUCUUGCAUCGCCCAGAACUUCUACCACAAGUGUUCUUUAAGCUGUUUCCUGCCAUCACAUUCGAAGUGGUAGAAGAAAGCAAGGCUCCUCGAACCCGAGCGGUGAAGAACGUCAGAAGACACGCCUGCUCCUCCAUCAUCAAGAUGUGUCGAGAUUAUCCAGAGUUUAUCCUGCCAUCCUUUGACCUGCUCUACACUCGCGUGAAGGAGCUGUUCAUCAACGAGCUGCUGCUAACCCAGAUGGAGAAGUGUGCACUCAUGGAGGCGCUGGUGCUGAUCAGCAACCAGUUUAAGGACUACAGCAAGCAGAAGGCCUUCUUAGUGGAGCUCAUGGGCGCCGUGACGGCACGCUGGCUCUCGGAGGAGAUGCGCAGCGUAUUAUCAGAUCCAGCCAGCUUCAUUACGUUUAUUGGCGCCGAUCAGGUCAACCCUCAACCCGGCACUGAGGAUCAGAUGGGAAUCAACAGGUCAAGGAUUAGUUUUUGUGUGUAUACCAUCCUGGGCGUGGUGAAGCGAGCACACUGUCCUACGGAUGUCGAGGAAGCCAAAGCCGGGGGUUUUGUAGUGGGCUACACUCCAGCUGGAGCACCGAUCUACAGAAACCCUGCCUCAGAGCCCCUCCUGGCUCUGCUUCCAAAUCUGCUCACCCUCAUCAGGACCCACAACAGCUUAUUUCUACCAGAGAAUCUAGCUCGACUCAGCGAGACCUUCAGCCGAGUCUAUGAUGUCAUGGACGUGGAGAAGAAUCUCAUUUUAGGAAUCACUCAGCCGCUGCUGGACAUGUACGACUCUCCAGUGUAUAGAAGCUCACUAGAGCGGUUACAAGGCUUCUUCUGCACCCUCUACGACAACUGUUACCAUGUGCUCGGUCACGCCGGCCCGGCCCUGCUGCAGGACUUUUAUACCAUAGAGGGUCUGGCCGAACAGUUGGCCGGCUCGGCCUUCCUCCACCUGGAGCACGUUCCUGACCAUAGACUUCGCCCUAUGCUUCGGGUGUUCAUGAAACCGCUGGUCACGUCCUGUCCUCCCGAAUAUUACGAGACUCUUCUCUGUCCACUGCUCCGCCUUCUGUUGUGUCAUCUGCUGCAGAGACUGAACCUCCGCUGGCAGAUCAUCAACCAGAGGACGAGCGUAUGUGGGCCGGAUGACGACGAGGCUUAUGAGGAGAAUCAGGUGUCUCAGGAAAUGCUGGAAGAUCGGCUAGUGCGCUUGGUCACGCGAGAGGUCAUGGAUCUCCUCAGUGUUUCGUGCAUAUCGAGAAAGCUGCCGGAAUCAGGAGCAAACCGAGAAGAUGCUGAUGGGGAUGAGGAAAUGAUGGCAACCGAUUCCACUCCGCUGAACACAUCACAUACUUCAGAUGAGCUCACAGAACUGGGCAAGUGUCUCCUUAAACAUGAGGACGUCUACAUGAAUCUGCUGGCGAUCUCAUUUAACUCUCUGUCAUGGAGAGACACCAGUAACUGUCAGCGAGCCGCUACGCUUAUCUGCUGGACAUUGCUCAGACAGGUUGUAGGUUCAAAUUUGCUCCCGGAUGCCGUGACGUGGCUGUACACCAGAGUGCUGAGCGGCCUGCAGAUGCACGGCCAGCACGAGGGCUGCAACGCCGCACUAACGCAGCUCGCCCUGCUCAUCUACGAUGCUCUGCGGCCUCAAUACGCAGAGCUGCGUUCCAUCAUGAACCAGAUCCCCAACAUCCAGCCUGACCUGCUCGAGCAGUUCGAUCAAAAAACCAUCAACCCCGCGUUGCAGAAAAUCGGCGAAAAAAAGAGAAAAGACCAGUUUAAGAAGCUCAUCGCAGGAGCUGUGGGGAAACCUCUCGGGCAGCAGUUUAAGAAGGAGGUCCACAUACGGAACCUUCCCUCUCUCUUUAAGAAGGUGAAACCUAACAAAGACGUGGUGGCAAACAGCGAGAACACCGGAUUGGUCGCUCUCUUUUCACCUGAACACGACGAUCAUUAGGGAUAGUUUUGUUUUGUUUUUUACCUUAAUUGAACACUUUAUUACAUCCUGCCCUACAAGCUGGGUGAUAUAACUUUUUUUUUUUUUUUUUUUUUUCUCCCAUAAAUUGGAUUAUGAAUUGUUUUAUGUUGAACCACAUAGGAAUUAAAGGGAUGUUUAAGGAGAAGCAAGGGAAAAAGUUCAAGAGCGACAUUCCAUCCUAUUCAUUCACUAGAACUUUUUUUUCCAGUGAAACACUAACGGCAGCGAGUUGUUAUUGUACAGGAGGCAGUAUGUAAAAUGUGUCGUGUUUCUAUUUGGAUGUUUUUAAUAAAUGUAGAUUUAAAGGUC